AGUGAAUUUGAGCAGCUCAACUGCAAUUGCCUUUUUCCACCAUUGCUACCCACUGUGCUUUUGUGACAGUGAACUCAGGAGUUUUGUGGCAGGCACCAUGAUAAGAAGAGACUGAAAUGCUCCCAAGUCCCUGGGCACUGAGUCGAGGGGAAUUAAAGCCACACAGGCCACAAUUGCAGAGCUCCAACACAGCCCUAGUGCUGCUACUGCUGCUGAAAUCAAAUCAACUUACAGAGGCCAUCACAGAAAUUGACCUCUGGAGUGUCAAAUAAAAUGAAAAAAAAAAACCACCAGGAGGAAGACAAAUCUCAACUUCUUCACUCGCUUCAUUGCUUGCUCUGAGCAGCAGAAAAUGGGGAUGCCCAGAGGUAUUUGCAGCUGCUGCUGAUCCCAGCUGCAGCUCAGCCCUGUGCAGAGUCCCAGCAGGAAGCUGAGCCCAGCCCGGGGAGCUCACACAGUGUCAGGGAGAUUCUUUCUCUGAAUUCACUCAGCCUUGCAUUCCCCAGCUAUGCCUGGUACCACCUCCUGUUUUCUAGGCUUAGAACAGGAGCAAUGCAAACCUUACCAAUGGCACAACUGCCCAGUCCACAGGGAAAAGGACAGAGAAAUUGUAAAGUUCUCCAGACAUUUGUCCUGCUUUGCUGGAAAAGUCGUGCUGCACUCACAGGAUGGAAAUCCAAGAGAAGCUGGAGUUCCUGGCACAUCUUGUGACAGAAGCUGGACCUCGUUCUCCAUGAAAGGUUCUUGGAAAGAGCAGCUGGGACAGUGGAGAAGAUUGCUGGGAAGCUGAAACAGCUUUCCAGAAGGGAAAUGAAAAUGAAAGAAACAAACCAAGCUGUUUUCCUCUAUUUCUUUCUAUGCUUCCCUUUUCCAUGUUGCAGUACUUGUCCAUGCCAUUAAUUCCAAAGGGAUCUCACCUCGAAGAUGAGUGACUUAGUGAGUUUUAGACACUGUGAAAUACCAUGGGCUGUACACACAGUUUCCCUUCCCCUGUUUUUGUUGUCAAGCAGUGCUGGAGACAUAAGUGUAGUGCUUGGGUCGGGCACGAAUCCUGCAGGCAGGGAAUGUGCCCCGGCAGUGUGUGAGCCUGAGCAGGGACAAUGCAGAGCAGCAAGCGAGGGGAUUCCUCUGGCACUGCGCAGGAGUCCGGACUCUGGGUCUGGGCUGCACAGGGCCAAGUUCCCGUGUUUGGACAGGCUCAGGGGCUGCCCCCGGGGCGCGCGGGGCUCGGCCGUGGAACGGACACGCGGACAAACGGCCCCGGGGCUUCGGCGGCAGCGGCGGCAGCGGCGGCAGCAGCAGCAGCGGCGGCAGCAGCAGCAGCGGCGGCAGCGACUUUUCGGAAUCUCCGAACUCUGCGACCCUCCUCACCUCCUGUUCCCCCUCUCCCUCUCCCACUGUCCUGCACUGUCUCUCUUGGUGUCCCUUUCCCGGUCUCCCCAGCCCCUCUUGGUGUCCCCGUCUCGGCCUUUCCCUCUCCCCCUGCCGGGCCGGGACAUGCCCCCGGCCCCCCUCCGGCCCCGGGCGGGGCUGCCCCGUUCCCGUUCCCGGGCGUCCCCCCGCGGUCUCGCCUGGGCCCGGCUCUGGCCGUGCUGGCGGUGGCGCUGCUGGGCCGGGAUCAGUGCCUGGGGCUGGGGCGGCAUCGCCACCCUUUGGCUGCGCCUGGGCCGGGCACGGCCUCGGCCCCGGUGCCGACCCCGAGCCCGGCGCCGCCUCCUCCCGGGCCCCGCGGAGGACACACGCGGCGCGGCCGCUCCCGCCGCCUCCGCUGCGGCUUCCCCGGCCCGAGCUCCGCCGCUCGGCAGCGCAGCCGCCGGCCCCGAACCGCCGGGGCCCGGCGCGGCUGGGGAUGCCCGGCCCGGGCCGCUCGGGGGGCGCUCGGGGGCCGUGUCUGGCCCCGGGCCGAGCGCUGACGGCCGCGUGUCGCCCGCAGGGAAGGCGCAGGAGGCCCUGCAGGACCGGUACCGGCUGGGUUCGCUGCUGGGGCGCGGAGGAUUCGGCAGCGUCUACUCGGGGACACGAGUGUCGGACGGCGCCCCGGUGGCCAUCAAAUGCGUGCCGCGGGAUCGCAUCCGGCUCUGGGGCGAGCUGCCCAACGGCGCCCGUGCGCCCCUGGAGAUCGUGCUGCUGGACAAGGUGUCCGCUGGCUGUGCUGGUGUCAUUCAGCUCCUGGAGUGGCUUGAGCUCCCCGACAGCUUCUUGUUGGUGCUGGAGCGUCCGGAGCGGUGCCAGGACCUGUCGGCUUUCCUGGCGGAGCGGAGGUUCCUGCCGGAGGAGGAGGCGCGGGCGCUGUUCCGCCAGGUGCUGGAGGCCGUGCGGCACUGCACCAGCUGCGGGGUCCUGCACAGGGACAUCAAGCCCGAGAACAUCCUGCUCGACCUGGCCACCGGAGAGCUCAAACUCAUCGACUUUGGCUGUGGCGCCUUCCUCCAAGACACAGCCUACACCCAAUUUGCAGGAACCCUGUCCUACAGCCCACCAGAGUGGAUCCACCAGCAGCGCUACCACGGCGAGGCAGCAACGAUCUGGUCCCUGGGCCUCCUGCUGUACCACCUGGUCGUGGGGAAGCACCCGUUCAGGAGGGGCCAGCAGAUCAUCUGGGGCCGCAUCUUGUUCCCACGAUGGCUCUCUCCAGAGUGCCAGGAUGUCAUUAAGAGGUGUUUGUCCAUGCAACCCUUGGACAGGCCAUCCUUAGAAGACCUCUUCAAUGAUCCUUGGCUGCAGGGUGUUCAUCUGCCCUAGAAGAUGGGAGAGGUCCAUGUGCAGAAUUGGAUCCAAAACCUGGCAGCUGGGGCCCUGGGCAGAACAGUGACAGCCUGCUCUGGCCCCCAGGGAAGGAGGAGGCCCUGGAGAAGCUCUGUCAGGUGGGGCUGCUGCUGGAGACACCAAGGACAACCUCAGGUAUGACAAUCUCUUCCUCCACCUGGUCACCAGCAGCUGAAGAUGAUGGAGUUUGAUUUUGGUACCUUCUUCAGAGACAUGCUCCAUGCCCAAUCUGCAGGAGUGCCACAACUGAGCAAAACCUGGCGAGUGGAUGGUGUUCCUAAGGCAGUGCAGUCUGCAGCUGAUGGGUGAAGAAUUGCCCUUCUGCAGCUCCAAACCAGAGCAAAAAGCUAAAAACCUUCCUAAGAAAGGAGUGUCCUUUGCUGCUGGUUCCCGUGUGGAGCAGCUCCCUUCCCACUGGCUGAGCUGCUCAGGCACAGCCCGGCAGCUCCUGGCCCUGCAGGGCUGAGCCUUUUCCCCGGUGCUGGGCACAGACUGAUGGAGCAGCACUGCUCAACACGGGCACACACAGAGGGAGCAGAAGCAGCUGCCUUUGCCCACCUGCAGCUCCAGGGCCCAAACUCUGAGCACACAGGGCUGGAAGGGACUGGCAGCUCCCUGUUUGCUGUGCUGCCCCACUUGUGCCCGGCCCAGCUCUGCAGCCCUGGGCUUUGUGCAAGGAACAGAGGUGAGGACUCCCUCUCCAUGUGCAGCUUCCAGAUGGAAAAGGCUGCUGUGAGCAGGCAGCUCCAAGGGCAGAGAAAGGAGGGUCUCCACCACUGGAUCUGUGCCACUUCCACCGUCCUGGGCAGCAGCCACUGAGCCCAGGGGAACAGAGGGCACAGCAAGAGGGACAAAACCAGGCAAGGUCAGAGCCUGGGAGGAGCCAGAGCAGGGAGCAGGAACAGCUGCUCCAUUGCACUCUUGGAGAAAGCUCUGGGCUGUUUGUGAGCACUGAAAGGCGUGAAGGGCAGAGAGGAGGCCACAGCAAACAAUGCUUGUGUUUGCACACCCUCCCCUCUCAGUGUCCCAGAAGGAAUUGCAUGAACUGUGUUCUUCUCUCGGAGUCGUCUCGUUCAGCAUGAGCAGCUUUGCACCAGGAGCUGAAGGAGCUGAAGCCUUAGGCCACAAGAGCUGAGCAAGAGGGAACUUCUUGACCAAAGUAAUGCUGCUAACAUGGACCUGACUGAAUGCAGCAGAUAAAUCAUGGAAAUAUAGAAUCCUUUCUGUUGGAAAAGACCUCUGAGCUCAUCAAGUGCAAGUGUUAAGCCAGCACUGUCAAGUCCAGCACUAAACCCUGAAAGGCCAAGGCCUGGACAAGAGGCCUGAGUGAGGCCUGAACAACAGGCCCUGAGCCAAAGGCGACCUCUGGAUGAACCUUCCAACCAAAGGGUAUCUUUGUAUCUGCUCCUUAACAAAAAAUGCAUGGUCAUUAGCCUUGUACUAGAUGUAUCCACUCCUUAGUGAAACAGGUCUUGACCUUUCUGUAUUU